AUGUUUACUAUCAACGUUUCUUACAUUUUAUUUUAUUCGUCAGUAGCGCCGCCGCAAGUCAACGCUACAUUCUUCGACGAAUCUGGUGCGAGUGCACCGUUUGUGUUUGAGGAACCGGUCAAGCUGCCAGUGGGAGUCAGGCCUAAGCCUUCGUAUCCGCCGUUUGACGUUAAUGAGGCAAACGCCCCCUUUUGCACCAGCGAUGUGCUUGCUAAAUACAGUCUGCCAGAUACGAAAAAAGAGAGUCUUUUGAAGAGGAUUGAUAAGGUCGACUCGGAGAUUAGUCAGCUAGAGCAACGUCUCAAGAACGUUUACGAUGAACGAGAAAGGGGCCAAGAAGAGCUGCACCUGGCCAUGCAGGAUCUGGACGCCAGCAAACGCCUCAAAGCCAGCCUGGAACAGAGUCUGAGCGAGAAGAUAGGCGAGAAAGAUCCAGAGAUAACGGAGGCGGAGGAACCCGAUACAGACACACAUCUGCACCUGGCGGUUAAUGCCGAGGAGGUGGUAGACGGCAUCCUCAUGGCGAAUGCACGCAUCGCUGAGAAGUCGCACAAGCUGGCCCAGGUCAAGAACUUGUUUCCCAAGGAUCUGGAAGUGGGGGACCAGAUGGUUCUGUAUAAUCGACCAGAUGACAUCCCCACCUUCGCCUCCAUCUUCCGUAACCACGCGUACUUUAGACCGACCCUUUUGGGGUAUCUGAAACGCACCAACGCAGCGCAGCAGCUGAAGAUUAAGCGUCUCCAAAUUGCCUACCGUAAAUAUCAUGAAGCCUGGGAGGCUCGCAUAGAGCGGCAGGAAGCGAUUGCUAACAAAAGCGGUCGUGCUCAGCGACAGAAAGCCUUCUUCGAGGCGCAAUUCCCAGACAUGGCACGGGGUCUGCCACCGACACGAGCCGAGGAUAAUAUUAACAACCACUAUACUACAGCCCCAUUCAACGUAUCUGAGCUGCACGGCAUGGUCUGUGCACGUGUGCGUACUGAUGCCUGUGUGCGUCUUACGCGUAUGCGUACUGUUGCUUGUGAGCGUCUUACGCGCAUGCAUUGGAAAGUAUUUGCGAGGGGUCAUCGAGGAGAAGUUGCUGUGGCGCCUACAGCCGACCCGUCGCAUCUGUCACUGGACGUAGGGGGUCCCCCUGGCUGGGGCGGUCGCAGCAGCCGAACAUCCCGAAGUUCGGGUUGGGGUGAUGCUGUACGCAGUGAUGCGGAGAUGGAACAGGUACUGCUGGACCUACUCGCACAAGAGCGUUCGGAUGAGAAGUCAUUCACUGCUCUGGCGGCGGUGGUGCCACCGCUGAUACUCAACAAGAAGGAGAAGGCCAUGCGAUACGACAACCGCAACGGACUGGUAGUCGAUCUACCUACAGACAUCAUGGAACACAAGAUGAAGAUGCCCUGGAGAGACUCGGAAAGGGAGAUAUUCUCGGAGAAGUAUCUUCUGUAUCCAAAAGACUUCGGUAAGAUCCAGACGUAUAUACCCUCGCACACGGUGUCUGAGUGUGUCGCAUAUUACUACGCAUCGAAGAAGAAGGAGAAGUACAAGAUGCGGCUGCAAGCGUACCACGCCAAGCGCAAGCGAACCCACGAGAAAGAGAAGGAGCGGAGCGAAAGAGGCGACCACACGGAAGAUGCACAAGCCUCGCAACAUCGCAAGGAUCGAAACAAGUUCAAGACAAAGCCUCGCAGCCGUCACCACGAUGGGGUUAACACACCGCCUAGUCGCAAGGGACUCGGUGUGGCUCGCCUAGACUCGACGUCCAGCACCACAUCUCGGCCGGACAAGAGUAUAGAUCACAACCUGUUCACCGUACCAGAUCAUCCGGGCAGGGGCAGGCCCACAGAUAAAGAGAGAGAGGCCCGUGCUAAUGCGGCACGCGACAAGGACAAGGAUGAGAGUGCGCAUCACAAACGGAGGAAGCAGAAGUCGAGCUCUCAAAGCGGCAGCAGACGCCGCAACAAAGAGUACGACACAGACACGCACGCACACAUCGCCACGGGCGACAGGGACUACAGAGAGAAGGGCCCCAUCACCGUGCAUGCAUUCACACACGCACCCAAGGACGCGGACAAACCUGGCAGGAAGGACAGGGGUAGCCGCACAGUCACUGAUGACGAGGAUGACGAGGGGGGUGGUAUUGCGGUGUCACGUACAAGUACGAUCACAUUGGCCGAUGGCACUGUGGAGGUGCUAGGCCCACAGUUGGCAGCAUUGCAGGCGACGGUGGCCGGGAAUGCUGCUCAUGGAGCACACAUCGAAGAGACGGCGCGAUGGUCGCAGGCGGAAACGGAGCUGCUGAUUCGACUGUUAGGAGAAGUGGGCCGAGACUGGGUGGCGCUCAGUCAAGUUAUCAUCACAAAGUCAGACACGCAGUGUAAGAACUACUUUCACAACAACAAGCGCAGACUAAACCUGGCCGAGAUUGUCGCACAAUGCGAGCUCAACCGCCAGGGCGAGGGCGACAAAGAAACCGGCAACCAGCUGGUAGAGGCAGCCGUGGUGGUGGGGCUGGAAAUGGUAGGUAAGCGGAAGGCGCAGAAGGAGAUGCGCACACGCCGGGCCAGUGAGAAGAACGUGGCAACACUAGACACACACAGUGACGACGACGCAGACGCAAACGCAGACGUAGACGCACAGGCAGACGCAGAUGGCGAUGGCGAUAGAGAAGGAGAAGGAGAGGGAGAGGGGUAUUCGGAUGGGGAGUCGGAUGGGCCACCGUCAGCGGAAGAGGAGAGCGAGACGCCGGCUGAGGUGGUGGGAAAGAUCAAGUAUAAGCACAGGGAUAAAGAGAAGGAGAAGGAGAAGGAACGAGAGAGAGAGAAGGAGAAAGAGAAAGAGAGAGAAAAGGAAAAGGAGAAAGAGAAGGACGCACGAGUCCAUGGGCACAGGCAGGGGACGGCAACUGAGGCGGGUGGGGCGCAGAAGAAGCGCAAGAGCAAGAGCAGGCAGACAUCGCCCAGGCCGAACAAGCGCCGCAAGUCAGAGUCGACUAUAAUUUCGCUGUCGGUGCCUGUCUCGCGGCAGACGUCUGUGCCGAAAGGCGGAGAAAGCGCGGCAUCGGAAGAUGAGGGCGAAGCGAAACCACACAGCGUGUCAAUCAGUAGAAAGUCUUCGGUGAAACGAACAGGGCAACACGGACAUUCGGAGAAGGACAAAGGCAAAGUGUCCCACAAAACACG